GAGGGAGUUAAACCAGCGCCAGAACGAGGGAACGUGAAAAAGAGGGAAGGUUGUAGAGGAGCCCUCUGUAAUACCCGUUACCCCUCGUCCAGGAGCCCAGGCACUCUCGUACCUACCUCCCGACGUUCUCCGCGCGUCCUCCCGACGCUUCCAUCCCCGUCCCCGAACCCAAUCCAGUCCAGAAAUCCCCACUCCAGUGUAUGCCGGCGACGGAAGUGUGGCAACGUCGCGGCGUCUCGGUCUUGGCGACUACUCGGGGCCAGCCGAGUCUACCGAGUUUGUCUACCGGUGCGGGUACCAAAAGAGUGGAGAUAAGUCGCGGGGUUUCGAAGCCGGCAUGCGAAACGUUGUCGCGACGUGAACCGAGGAAGGCCGCCGCGCGAGGAUUAUAAUAAUAUAUACACGCAAGCACGCACGCACGCACGCACGCACGUCCGACCAACCCGACCAACCCAACCCAACACCACGCACGCUCGGGGAUAUUACCGACGCAUUCGGCCGUUAUACCAGUUUUGCAGUUAAACUCGGUGUAAAUGGCGCUCUCCGCACAGAAUCAGUCGACGUCGUAUGUGAACUUGUAUUACUCGAUCGUCCAGCGCGCUGCGACACGCUACUUUAAGGAAUAUUACAAUUCCGGCUAGAUCAUUGGGGCGGGCGUGGGGUUAGCUAGUGAGUGAUAGUCGAAGAGGACGAGGGAGGGCAAAGACUACGCGGAUGAGGAGGAGGAGGACGGCUCGCGAGGAUGGCUAUAAACUUCUCGGCCUCGUUUGCGGCUUGCCUCGCGGCCGGGCUCAAGGUGCCCCGCCAAAUCAUGUACUGCAUCUCACAGGAUACUGGCGCGCCAUACGUGUUAUAUAAGGACAACAUGGAGAGACCCCAGGGUCAGUGGGGCCCGGGGCCGGGAUCUCUCCAGGACGGUGGACUGUACGCCCAGCAGCAGCAGCAGCAGCAGCAGCAACAACAACAGCAGCAGCAGCAGCAACAGCAGCAGCAGGGUUCCUCCUCGUCGGGUAGUCCGCAGCAGGCCUGCGGUCCUCCGGUCGAAGGGGAGAGCGGUCCUCCGCCCUCGCUAGCAUCACCCGUACCUUCACCGUAUCCUUCGGCACCUCCCGAGUCUCAGGCCCUAACUCCACCCGACGACGACAUUCAGUCGAGUCAACCCACACCUCAGCAGCAACAGGUCCAGCAACAGCAGCAGCAGCAGCAGCAACAACAACAACAGCAGCAACAGCAGCAGCAGCAAGUACAGCAACAACAACAGCAACAGCAACAACAGCAGCAGCAACAGCAGCAACAACAGGACCACUCGCCUCAGCAGCAACUGACACCGCACGAGGUGGACCGCGGAGAGUGCUUUCCGGGAAGUGGCGAGCUCCAGCAAUAUCCCCAGCAUUACUUCAAAGAGGCUAGGCCGCAUCCCUCACCAUCCGUGCCUCCUCACAUGCUCACUCCCGGGGGCUUCUCCGCCUUGCACUACCUGAAGCAGCCCGGAGUCAUGCUCACGUCCCUCGGUCAGGGCGAUGGGGGACCUAGUCUCGACGCUCACCAGUACGCGAGCCCGGGGGCCCCGAAUAUGGCUACGGGCCUGCCCGACAUUGUACAGCAAAACGGGAAGCCCAGCAAGGGCGCCAAUAGCGACCUCCGGCUCUUCAAGUGCUUGACGUGCGGAAAAGAUUUUAAGCAAAAGUCAACUUUGCUACAACACGAGAGGAUCCAUACGGACAGUCGGCCGUACGGGUGUCCGGAGUGCGGCAAGCGGUUCAGGCAACAGUCGCACCUUACGCAGCACCUGCGCAUUCACGCGAACGAGAAGCCCUAUGCUUGCGUGUACUGCGAGCGCACCUUCCGUCAACGCGCCAUCCUCAACCAGCAUCUGCGCAUCCACUCGGGUGAGAAGCCAUACCAAUGUCCGGAGUGCGGAAAACACUUCCGUCAGAAGGCGAUCCUGAAUCAGCACGUCCGCACACACCAAGACGUGAGUCCGCACCUGAUCUUCAAGAACGGGAUGACGCCGACCCUCUGGCCCCAGGACGUGCCAUUUCCGCCGGAAGAGGGAAAGGAGGAAGUGGCCUCGACCUUCGGCGAUACGGAUACGCAAUCCGGUGCGUUCAGUCCAGCCCCGGAUGCGAAUUCCAUCCAGUACCCGGCCUACUUCAAGGACCCAAAGGGCGGAAGCCACGCGGUCUUCGGCGCAAGCGCAUCCGGUAGCUUCGGUGCUCUUCAGUACAUAAAGCAGCAAGGUGCCAGCAAGGGCUGCCUACCCGACGUGAUACAGCACGGUCGUUCCGCGGGGAUGCCCCUCUACGUUCGCUGUCCGAUAUGCCAGAAAGAGUUCAAGCAAAAAUCCACCCUGCUCCAGCACGGCUGCAUACACAUCGAAUCGAGGCCGUACCCUUGUCCGGAAUGCGGCAAGAGAUUCCGUCAGCAGUCCCACCUGACCCAGCACCUGCGCAUACACACGAACGAGAAACCGUACGGUUGCGUCUACUGCGGGCGUAACUUUCGUCAGAGGACCAUCCUGAAUCAGCACCUGCGCAUUCACACCGGCGAGAAGCCCUACAAGUGCCAGCAGUGCGGCAAGGACUUCCGUCAGAAGGCCAUCCUGGAUCAGCACACUCGCACCCACCAGGGCGAUCGGCCCUUCUGCUGUCCGAUGCCAAACUGCCGGCGGCGGUUCGCGACCGAGCCGGAAGUCAAGAAGCACAUCGACAACCACAUGAACCCCCACGCGGCGAAGGUGCGUCGCAACUCAAGCGGCGAUACCAAACCACCCAGUACGCCUUCCGGUCUGGGCCCGGUACCGGUGCCGCGUGGACUAACGCCGACGGUCGUCAAGCCGGAGCUAUACUUUCCCCAGUGUUACGCGCCAGCCUUUAAUCAUCAGCCGCCCGUCUCCACGGCUCAGUUCCCGGGACAGACGAAUGGCGUUGCAGUCGCGGCUGAAUUCAAGCCACCCACGGGGCUGCCACCGCAGUGACUAACCGUCCAUCCUGCCGCCUACUAGCAAGCAGGAAUACCGCUGAGAUUUCAGCGAUGCUUCGGAGCAGCCGCGCUCACCGGUAGCGCCACGACCGGGUCCGGCCCGACGGCUGCAGCCACGGCGGCCGCCGCGGCUGCGUCCUUGCACCGAUGCCAGCCGAUUCAGCAACAGUACCCGUGACAUUUACCGUGCAUUUACUAGGACCUUUCUUUUAUUUUUAUGUUUUCUCUGGCUCUGUGUAUGUGCGUGUGUGUGUGUGUGUGAGAGAGAGAGAGAGAGAGAGAGAAUGUGUAAUCGACGCCUCCGCAUCAUAACUAUUUACAUGCAUCCGUACGUACGUGCAUACAUAUAUGUAUACAUACCUACCCCAAUCAGUGUAUCCUUGUAAUCCUUUCGUAUGUGUCUCUGACUCUCUUCGGCAAAACUUAUGAACCCGUCGAGAAGGCCCAACGAGAGACAAAAAGAAUUCACAGAAUGGAAAUCGAACCCCUCAUAUCGUGGCAUCUGCGAUUCUUAGCCCAGGAGUUUAAGUGAAAAGAGAAAAUGAACAAAGAGAAGGAAAAACGUACACGCGCUCCCACAUAAGCGACCAAUGAAGAAUCUCGUCCGAUCAUCAUCCCGGUUUUAUUGUUUUGUUACGCGCAUCUCUAGAAGGACUGUAUAUGCUUUUCAACGUGUUACGUGUGCUCGUGAGUUCUUGGCUUUUUUAUUAUGUUUUUUUUUUUCAUCCCUUCGAUUCUCCAUCUCUCCUUGUCACGAUCCAAUUCAAAAUUACCAUCGUUCGCAUAUACGACCUUGUCUCCUGUCUCACCCUCCCUUUCUAUUUUACCUAUUUCCACAAACUUUUUCUGAAACUUCUCAUCUCUUUCCAAUCUUCCUUUCCGUUCGAUACGCUAUGGACCCGAUGAUGGGGCGCCACUCUGGACCAGGACGUCGAUGCUGAGGUACAGGAAGAAUUACGGGAAAAUCGGAAAAUAGCCAGGAAGAAAAACGCAGGAUUCGAAAGACAAGGAGGAGAGCGAAAAACGGGAAUGAGAAUCAAGAAAAAUCAAGGAGAGAAAGAUAAAAAAAGAAGUAACGAGAAAAGAUACCGAGAAUUGCGUCUAACGCAUUCGGAUGCGUCUCCUCUCGCCAAACGGGUUGAAGAUGUUAGAUUUCGACCAGACUGAAACGAUUGUGAUACAAUAUUUAACUUGCCUAUGUGUUAAAGAGUUCCGAGUGGAAGUCAAGUUGAGUAAUGUGAAUCUCGGGAGUUGAAAUAUUGCGAGGUGACUGAGAGAGAGAGAGAGAGAGAGAGAGAAAAAAGCCAGGAAAAGAGAGAGAUAGAGAAAGCCGCACGGACUGUAAAUAUGUAAAACGUGUAAUAUUAAGCGAGUAACGCGCAUGCGCAGGCGAAUCUCUUCCGAACGAGGAAGCGGACGAAGCCGAAGGACGCGAAACGAAGAAAGAGUCAUCGGACAAGUGGAACUUAAAAAAAAAUGUUAAAAACAAAAUCAGAAAAUGGUGGUUUUAUUAGAAUUAUGCGAGAGGAGUGUUAUUUCUUUUUUUCUUUCUUUUUUUUUUUCUUUGUUAACUUUACAUACCAAUCUCCACGGCUGAGAAUCCGCGUCUCUUCGACGGAGUGCGAUCGUCUCUUUCGAAUGAAUCCGAAGACGCAACGAGUGUCUGGGGUGGGUGUGCAUGAAUGAAAAAAAUAAUUUGGACAGUGGACCUGGAAUGUGCGAUAAAUCGUUAUGGAACGCUGUGUCGUUCGGUCGGUGAUUCGGGCAGGUGGAAUAAAAGAGCAGCCACUGGGCACAAGGCGAAGGGGGCAGAUCGGGAUGUGCGAAGAGUUAGAAAAAAAAAAGGGAGGACAAGAAUCAAUCGGUGAUUUGAGGUUAUGGACGAUUGAGAAUUUGUUGAGGAUGGUUAUGGAUGUCACUGAUAAAUGACAGAGAGAGGUAUGAUUCUAGUAUACUAUUAUUAUGAUAUUUGAAUAUGUAUUUAUACGAACAGGUUAUUCUAACUACACGAUGAUAUUUCGAUUGGUUUUGAAACCAGAUUGGUGCUGAUAACUAGGUAAGCAAAUGAAAGAGGAGGGAAACGUGGAAGAAGGCUGAGACACCGUAGUGUAGUAGCGUAAGGUAGGCUAGUAGAUAGGAGUAGCUCAACUUAAGGAAGAACAACAGCGGUUAAGAAGAGGAGGUGGACGGAGGGGACGAAGAGGAGCGAAAAUUGAAAUUUUUAAGAAUUCGAGGACCGUCGAUGUACGCUCGUCAGAUUUUAAUUAUCAUCAUCCGUACGCAUUGUGGCAAUACUUAAUAUGGGAUUGGAGAGGAGUUGUGAAUGGAAUGGAAAGAAAAAAAAAAGGCAAAAAUAUGGAAAGAGCAGGUUAAUAAGUAACGUCAAGUUUUACGUACUAGAUAAUAGUCUUUUAAAUUUCUAUAUUAAGACGUGUGAUCUCUCUAAUUAUUGUAUAUUACAUAAUGAUCUAUAUCUAGUAUGAGACAUAAGUAUAUUGUAAUGAUAUAUAUAUUAGGCAUUCUAUAUUAUUAUAGUCUUAUUGUUUAGAGAUGAGAUUUGAGAUGCAAAUUGUGCGGCCAUAUUUGCUGUGGCCUGUUCGUAGUGCCUCGGAAUUGCUGCUCGUCGCAGUGAUUUGAAACGUAUUUUAGGAUGGUAUAUUAUUAUAUUGAAAACUGCAAUUAUCGAUACUCUGAUACAGUACUAAAUCGUGUCAUGAAUCGUGUCACGCUAAACGACUUAUUAAAUUAUUAGAAUUUCUUCUUACCGCGCGAUAUACCGAAUCUAUUUCUAUUUGCUGCUGUGAAAAACUUCGGAGCCGCGGAUUUCUUUGUUAUCACGACGCGAUUCACGGCUCUUCGAGUAUCUCUUUUUUUUUUCUUUCUUCAACUUCUUCGGCUUCACCUUUUCUCGUCACACUGUCUUCAUCGCCGUUUCGCAUCGACUAUCAACAUUUAUCAUUGUCAUCCUUGUCUGUUACCUGUAACCAGUUUUUCCUUAUUUUUAUCAAUUUCAUUAUUCAUGUCAUUUUAUUUUUUUUUUAUUCCUUUCAUUUUUCUGUCAGAUAUAUCCGCUCGAUAAUGGAUACUUGAGUCUUGUUUUUUUUAUGAAUUUUGAAUUUUUUGAACUGUCAAAUUCAGGGUCUCCCCUCCCCACGCUACUUUGCAGCAUCGUGAACAAAGGUAGUACAAUUUUGAAUGGGACUUUUAUGGAUGACAAAAAUUAUCUUGAUAUAGGUAAUUGACGUUUUAAGAUAUUUUGUAUAUGUCUAUAUUUUGAUGUCUAUCAAUCCGUCAAGUGGGUUUUUUCAGGCUGUUAUCUCAAUUCUUUAAGCAUUCCGCGUAAUGCAAUUUUUUCAGAGAUUUAUGGCUGCCGUCUUUUUAUCGCAUCGGGAAAUAUAAUUUCUCGCUGUACCGUCGAUCUCCUUCUUCUCUUUCGGCUAUACUUUUAAACCCGGUGACAGCAGAGACCCAAUUAUAUCUCAAUUAAACAGAACCCUUCGUUUACCUAUCGGAGUUACGUAACGCGCUUUAACGAGUCGUCUGUUAUCAUUUUUACGAGCCUAACCGCUUUCAAAGUCCUUCCGGAAACGAUUUAAUCUUCCAGGAGGACAUUGAACCUCUUGAAGUUCGUUGACCGUCAUUUUGACGUUUUAAUGACGUUUCCACGGGCCUCGUAUGUUUAUCCCUCGAUUCAGGAAGCUUAUCGUUUUGUAUUCGAUACGAGGAACGAGCGUAAAGCGAAGUGAGCUUCGUCGAUCCGCCGCCAGGUGGCAGGUUUUCUCGUAUACGAACAAAUGGAUUCGCUUUCUUUGUUCCACCUCGAGAUUUUAUCAGCGUAUAAUUAAUCUCCGGAAAAUUUGACAAUUCUUUCAAACAUUUUUAAGUGUUCCGACAAGUAGCACAAGGACACCUGACCAUAUACGAGGUUGAGAAUACCUACCAAAGACAAGUAACAAGUAUCGAGCGUACAUAGAAUCUAUCCUGACAAAAAUUCCUUUGUCACCAAAAAUUGUUGAAUGACGAAUGCUGUGCUUUUUUUUUAAUCAUUGAUUCGCAAAAAUCAUGACGAGAAUCAAAAUGAAUUCCUUUGGCGUCGAUGAUAAUUCCUUCCGUAUGCAUUUAAUAGUAGGCAGCACAUGCGUUGUCUAUUUCCUCAUAACCGCAACUGCACGUAAUCUGCAGCUGCGAUUCCUUACUGAAAUCGCGCUCGGUGCUCUCGUCACGUAUUUUUAUUCGAAUUCACCUCUAUUCUGAUCCUGUCUCCCUCCUUUUCUUCACUUUCUUCUCUUGUUAGACUUUUUGCUCUUGCCAUUUCCUACUGUGGUUUUCUCUUUGCCAGAGGUUCGGUACGAGCUGGAAAGGAAACAAAAAAAUCACACUUGUUGACGAAUUAUUCGCCUUGCGCUUGCAGGCAAAAUGUAGAUAGGGAGAAACUCCUUGUUUUCUAUUAUACCUUUCUUCCCUCGUCCAUCCCUUUCGAUCCCCUUCCUAAUUUCCCAUUAUAAGCCCAACUCCUUGACUCCCCACAAUAUCCCUCGUAACACGAUAUAAUUAUAUUAUUAUACUAUAUUAUUAAGUUUUCGGGAGAGAUUUUGCAUACGAUGCAGCAGUUAGUUUUAUUUUAGAGUUUUUUUUUAUUAAUUAUUAAUUAAUUAUUAUUGUAAUUCGUGAACUAUUAUUUUAUAUCCGAACAUUUUAGAUGGUUUUUUUUUUUACACAUUUAUCGAUAAUUGAUAUUAAUGAUUACGAUUUAUUAUACGUUUAAGCUCGCAGUCACAAAAUCCGUCGUGUGAUAUUCGUCGUUAAACACGCUAUUCAAAUUGAUUGGCUUUGUUUUCCUUUUUUUUUUUAAAUAUAUAUAUUUACGUUUAUAUAUAUAGACACAUAAAAGAGGAAGAAAAAAGAAUACAGUUUGCGUUCAUCGCCAAGUAAUGCGCAACUGCUCUCGCAAUAUACAGGGAAACGUUAUUUUUAUGUCUUUUGUCCUUUUCUUUUUUCAUCGUCACUUUCACAAUUUUGACUUGCGUCAUCCCUCGUUCAGCAGACAUCGCGUUCUCGAUUUUUUUCGAAAAUUAAUCGUACAGUACCUCGCGCAGGGUGAAACACGGCGAGGCCGUUGCCGAGAUGUAAAAUGAAAAACAAAUAAGGACGCGUGUGUCGAGAGAGGUAAAAAAAAGCAAAAAAAAAGGAAGACGAAAAGAAAAGUUGCGUGAACUUCAUGUGCUAUCGGAAAAAUAAUAAGGGUCACUGGCGGUUUGUAGAUACGGCACUGCGAAAAACGGUCGGGUAUAUCGAGCGGUGGAAAAGAAAAAUGAGAGGGCAAUAAAAAAAAAAGUAAAAUAUAUCUACGAAGGAGGGCGCCCUCGGUAAUCGUCGGUCGGGAAAAAGAAAAAAGAAAGAAAACGUAAUUAUAAAAUAAAAAAAUUAAGCACUACGAAAACCUACCGACGGGGUCAUCGCAACGCAAUUGUCAAUACUGUGGAGCGAGACGAAGCGCCGUCGCCCGUUUUCACGUCGACUGACGUUAUAAAGCGAAGGGGAAACGUAACGAGGAACAAGAGAAGUAUAAACGAGCGGUGGUAGUGAAAGAAAAAAAGUGAACAAAUCGGCAACGAGGAAGCGACGGAAGAAGUCAGCGAGACCGAAGGAAGGAGAGGCAAAGAAAGAAAAAAAAAAAGAAAUAUGGCCGCUUCACAGGCGUCCUUCUUUUGAUCCCGAUGGAAUUUGUCCCACUUGCUCUAACCCGAACAAAGGGGACGCGCGGGAGACGGAGCGAGAGAGAGAUAGUAGCGCCGUGAAAAAAGAAAAGAGCAAAGGAGAGGGAGGAACGAAAAAAAAAGUAAAAAAAAAUUUUUUUUU